AUGAAACCCAGAGAAUACUGCUGCUGUGCCAUCCCGGUCAUCUAUGCUGGUAUCUACACGACGUUAACGGAGCAAUUCGUGCUUGGCAUCCUCGCAGGCACACUCGCACUUGCCACACCUUCCAUCGUGGGAGCUGCCGGCUCUCCAGCUGCAGGGAAAUGGAUCUUCGCAAUCAUAUGCUAUACCGGGGCAGCCCUCCAGCUAAUGGGUUUUGCUGCCGUCCGCAAUGAGAAGCCCAUCCUCUUCCGCCGAUACACCACCCUUCAUCUGCUCGUGACUCUUGGGGCGUUCUCAGUAGCAGCCGUCUGGAUUGUGCUGUCAGGGGUCAAACAUUCGACUGCACAAACUAACUGCGCAAAGACAUUUUAUCCUGAGGACAACACCAUCACAAACGACGAGAGCAAUAUUCUGUGCAAGAUUAUCCCUCUGGUCGACGUUGGAAUUAUGGCUGGCUUGUGGGUCAUAUUGGCCAUUGCCCAAACAUAUCUCUAUGUCGUUCUGGCUGCCUAUUCGGCCGGACAAGAACGCGAUCACAGCAAGUACGAUUCCCUGUAUGACCCGACGAAGCCGCUGGCGGGCGACAGUAUCCCCCUCACUAACCGUGGCGACCCUUGGGCAUCCCGUCCAUCCACGGAUUCAUUUGCCAACCCCCGUGGCUAUCACGACAGGUCAGGAAGCAUUGCCAGUGUCACGACUGUAAUGGGUGAUAAAGUCCAGCAACCGCGUGACUACGACCGUUACGAACAGACACCAUACCCCACAGAGCCAGGAUACGUUUACACCGAAGAACCUGGACCAACCCCUGCAGCAAUGAACACGCGGUAUACAGAUGGCGACGACAGUGGUCUGGAAUACCCACAACGCAGUCAACCUCAUCCUGGUGCGUCAGAUCUUUGA